AGGGUUGCUAAGGGUGAAACUUUUCCCCUGACUUCCCUCACUUUGGGCCAGGAGGAGGGAGGCAGCGGGAGCCCUAAGCACAGCGCCCCGAGACACUCACCCUAAGCUCCGUGACCUCCUCCUGCACCGCCCGGACCCGGCACUCACCGACCAAAGAAUAUGCAUCUGGAGAUCAAAGUUGCCCUGAAUUUCAUUAUUUCUUACCUGUACAACAAGCUUCCAAGACGUAGAGCUGACCUGUUUGGAGAGGAGCUAGAGCGGCUUUUAAAAAGUAAAUAUGAAGGGCACUGGUACCCUGAGAAACCACUGAAAGGGUCUGGUUAUCGCUGCAUUCACAUUGGGGAGACCGUAGACCCAGUUAUCGAGCAGGCAGCGCGGAGGAGUGGCCUUGACAUUGAAGAUGUUCGGGCAAAUGUCCCAGAAGAACUGAAUGUUUGGAUUGACCCAUUUGAAGUGUCCUACCAGAUAGGUGAGAAAGGUGCGGUAAAGGUCCUGUAUCUGGAAGAUGUAGAGAGCAGUUCUGAGCUGGAUAAGGAAAUAAAGAGCAGUUUCAACCCAGAAGCUCAAGUGUUUAUCCCAAUCACUAACCAAGAAACUUCACUGUCCAACUCUCCAUCUCCAUCUUUUGGCCAGUCUCCCAGCCCAACCUUCAUCCCCCGUGCCUCUCAGCCAAUUACCUUUACCACUGCCACCUUCGCAGCCACCAAGUUUGGCUCCACCAAAAUGAAGAAGGGAGGUCAGCGCAUGGCAAGAUCACCCACCAAUAAUUUGGCAAAGCACAAGGGUCUCUCCCUCUCAAUGCAUUCACUGAACUUCGGUGCAACCCAGGGUGCUCCUUCACAGCUAUCACCGAAUGCCAAGGAGUUUGUCUUCAGUGGAGCUCCUGGGCUUUUCUACGACAGUGACAGCCAGAACCUUCCAAGCCCGAGUCAAUUUGCUGCCGCCUUUAAUAGUGGAAGCAGCCUCUUUGGUGAUAAAUCUCCUUUUGUUGAAGGGUUGAACUUUGGCCUCCCUUACCAAAGUCAACCCUUCCAACCGGUCAUCCUGGCAAACUAAGGUUAUAGAAGAUUUUCCUCCCACAGUACCUUUUUGAAUGUGGUUAAAGGAAAACAAAUUUUGAUUUAUGAAAUAAAAUUUUACAAGAAGUAACAAGUAAAAUAUUCUUAAAUAGACUGGCUUACCCCUUGUGUUGCUACUGGACACUUGUGAAGUUCCUCACUUUUUUUUUUUUUUUUUUUUUUUUUUAACAGGAGAUACAAAUAUAUGGAAGGACAUAAAAUAUAUUUUAUAUGGCUGAGUCUGUUUUUGCCCCAGGUUCAUUGGAGUAAAAGUGGAAAAAACAUAAAAAUUCCACCCUUUGUUUUGAAGAUUUACCCAUGAAGUAACCAUUGUGGAAAUCCUUCUCGCUGCUAAUUGCAAGCAACGCCACGAAGAUCAUAGUAUCGUUCCCGAGAUGGAGCAGAGUUUGGUGUUUUGGAAAGCUUUCACCUUAAAGAAUACUGUACAGCUGCACUUAUAUUUUAUUGCCGAUUUUGUUUGGCGUUUGUAAUUAAUUAUAUAUAUAUAUAUAUAUAUAUAUAUAUAUAUAUAUAUAUAUUUUCCUCUGUUGAACAUUUCCUGCCUAGAUCUUACAUUCUUUUUUGUAUGUAUUUUGCAUUAUUCCCUAAAAACGGUAUUGCUUCAAACCAAACCCUCCAUGUCACUUCAUUCUAAUGUCUUUAAAAAGCAUAGCAAUGGCUGCAUUAUAUCGUCCAAAUUAAAGUUUGCGCACCCUGCUAAAGUAAAAUUUACAACAAAUGCAAAAUUAAUUAGUUACAGAUAAAUUAAAUUCUGACAGACAAAAUGCAGUCUUGCUAAACACUACAUUUGGAGAUGAUCUAUAAAUUUUUUUUUAUAUAUAUAUAUAUAUAUAUAUAUAUAUAUAUAUAUACACACAUACUUUUUUUUUUUUUUUUUAUAUAUAUAUUUAUUUAAAAAAGUAAAUUUGUUCAGCCCUUGUCUGUUUAAACAGUAUUAUGCAUUUCCAGUUAAGAUCCAAAAUAGCUGGAACCCCCAAAAGCUUGAAAGUAUAGCCAUUGAGUGAUAUUUGUAUUAUGGGAAUGUGCAGUGAUACUUUUGUGAGGCUUCAUGUUCCAAAAACAGAAGGAAAGGAAACCACAGUUAUGUAGAGGCACCAUACAUACCCCCCCCCCUCCUUAGCUGGUUGAUAAAUAUCCUGACUAUAUUUUUGUACUUAAAUGUUGCCCCCUCCUCUGUAUCUUGACACUUAAGAAUUCAAGUGAUGCACAAUAUAAAUGGGGAACCCAGAUUAUCUGCUGGUUGGAGACAGUUUUGCUCUGCAGUAUUCUGGUUUACCCUGAUGUCACUAGACCAUUAACCAUCUUUUUUUCAGCACUAUCUCCCUUUCAGUCCUAUUCAAGUAAAUUUUACAUUGAAUAUUCCUUAUUGAAUAAUGCCAGCAGGUCAAUCCGAUGGCAGUAGAAAAUAAUAUAUUAAAUACAUUUUUUUAUAGAAUAUCUAUAUUUUUUAAGCUAUUUGUAAAUCCAUUUUUUUUUUUAUUUAUUUUCCAAGAAAUUUAUUUUUUUUAAUAAGUCAUUCAAGUGUCAGUAACUUAAUGUUAUAUAA